CUGUUAGCCGGUGGUUUCGGGUCUCUGGGGGAGUAUUUGGGUCAGAAUGUCUCCGGUUCGGCUCCUCAGGGAGUUCAUCAGCAGCAGGCUGACCGCCGCGGCUGAAGACAUCUUCUCCGAGUUCGAAAAGACCAUCCUCCGGUACCAGGAGGAGCUGGACCGGUACCGAAACCCGCCGGAGCUCCGCUGGAGGCCGCAGCUGAGUCAACAUGGAGCAGAACUUCCACAGCAGACGUUCUGCAAGGAGGAGGUUCCGGCUCAGCAGAGGAGCUGCCGACUGGACCGGGAGGAACCAGAACCUCCGCAGACCCGAGAGGAGCGGGAGGACCUCCGGUCCAGUCGGGACGUGGAGCAGCUGGUUCUGAAGCAGGAGAACGAUUCCUCCAGCUUUGUUGGAGACCACCAUGAAUCCCACUGGUUCCACCUUCAGAACCGGGCCGUGGCUCAGGACCCGGUUCAGGCAGAACACAGGCAGGGACCUGUUAGAACUGCAGAACUGAAACCGGAUCAAGUACAUCCCAGAUUGAGAGGAGACUCGGUACCAGAGUGUCACUUUGGUCCGAGUGUGAACGUUUGUAACGUCGGAGAGAAACUCUUCUUCUGCAGCUUCUGUGGGAAAGACUGCAAACAGAAGAAGAAACUGACCCAACACAUCAGAACCCACACCGACGAGAGACCGUACGCCUGCAAGUGGUGCGAGAAGAGUUUCCACCAGAGCGCCCAUCUGAUCGCCCACGUCCGAAUUCACACGGGAGAGAGACCGUACGCCUGCAGCUUCUGUGGGAAACGCUUUAAAGACCUGCACACGCAGAAACGGCACAUCAGGUCCCACACCGGGGAGAGACCCUACCCCUGCCAGACCUGCGGGGAAAGCUUCAGACGGAGGGAGCAUUUACUGGUCCACAUGAGAACUCACCAAGGUUAAAGUUCAGAACCAGGAACCGGUUCCAGGUGGAGAAACUCAAACAAAUCUUGGACUCGUUCAGUUUUUGACCCACAGACCGUCUGUUAUAAGACUGAACACUUUGUGAACUUGUAAAAUCAUUUGACAGAUAAAUUAAUCUUUUUGUUUUUGAUUGACUUGAGGUGAAGAAACUAGAGCUGGGUGGUUUACUGGGUCGUACCUAAAACUGUUUCAUUUUCCACAAACCGGUACCUGGACCUGUUCAGAACACCUGUAGACUGUUUCCUGGGGACGGUUUUCUGUGCAACACCCCAAACAUAAAACUCAGUGGGUGCUGGUUUGUUGUAAGUUUUAGAGAUGAACUGGAGGGUUUCAGACAGCUGCAGUCAAUUUCAAUAAAUCAUAAACAAAAAUAAAUAAACUGUCUCUAAUAA